UUUUGGUGAGUUAAGUCGGACUCGGUGGCUUCUAGUCGUCUGAAUUCCAUCUAAACUUUCAAGAUGCGCUGUCAAGUUUUUCUGACGUUGCUCUCAAUGGUCGGCAUGAUAGAGGCUGGAAAAACUUGCCUCAACCUACCGCCCGGCCUGUCAAAGAUGAUAAAGGGGGUGGACGUGUCCAAGCUGGACCUCUUGCCUCUAGAGGUGGUGGGUGAGGAUGGGAUCAUGAGUCCAGUUCUACCUUUAACCUGCCUGAAGAACAAACAGUGGCAGAGUGCGAAAGGCAAGGUGUACGAUUUACCUGACCAGAUCUGGCAAAUCUCGACAACACCAGGCGGGUACAUGUCCUCCAGCGUGAGCACUCACACGUCCUAUGACGAAGUCCGAGACUCCAUGGGAGCUAAUGUCCAGCUGGGAGGAGAGUUCGGCCCGGUCGCCUUCUCUUUGAGCACAUCUUACAAGAAAAUGCAAAGCUCCAUCACCAACAGCUCAAGAUUUGUUUCAGAGGUCACGGCGUUUUCUGGCGCAAUCCAAGUAGACUUCAAUCCUCCUGAAGAAUUAAGCUGCGAUAAGUAUGCCAAUUCAUACAUCGAAAACACAUUGCCUGCAAGUUUUGAUUCAGAUCCCGCUAGCUAUUAUAGUUUUAUUGAACUUUAUGGUACGCACUACUUCGCAACCGCGAACUUUGGUGGGUUCGUCAAAAUGCUGUGCGAGACCAAGACUGAAUAUUUCGCAACAACCUCUGAAAGUGAAAUCGAAGUCAACGCUAAAGCUGCUUACUUUGAUGUGCUCAACGUUCAGGUCGGUGUGUCCAAAGGGAAGUCAACGGUCAAUGAAAAUUACAAGUCCAAUACCAAAACCUCAAUAAAAUACUAUGGGGGUGACACCAACGUUCUCAGCACACAAGGAUUUGAAAAAUGGCAGCCGACUGUAGAAAACGACCCUUGGCUUUUCUCUGGCAAGUUGAAGCCCAUCAGUGACCUGAUAAAAAAUACUACAAAGCAAGCUUCAAUGAAAAGAGCGGUGAAAUUCUAUUUGUUAAAGAAUUUUCUCAAAGAACAGGAUUCUAUCCUUAACGGAGCGAGAGCCAAAUUUGACAACCCAGUGCUCGGUAGAAUAACGAAAAACCUGAAUAGAAUUUUGUACAGUCAAACGCCAGACGAGGGUGCCGUCAUGAGGGUCGCACAGGAAGUUGCCAACUACACAACUGUACCAGUCUGGUUUUUGAACACCACGCUAUGCAUGAAAUGGAAGGCAACAAAAGACGCAGGACAGUGUGCCGCCAAAGGCGUCCCAGCGCAGUUGUGUGCACCCGUUAACUCUAUGACGCCGUCGUACUAUGACAACACCGACAACAGAGACGGAGGUUGUAAGAUGCAAUGGGGACUCGUCACAAAAGCUAAAUACCCAACCUGGUUUGACAUGGUAAGGAUAUGCUAUCAGUGGUACGCGGAGAAGGAGAUAGGGCAAUGCGGAUACGAUGCAGGUAAAACCUACUGCGCUAACAUCAACAACUUCACCACCGAAUACAUGGAUGACACCGGAAAUCGUAAAGGAGGAGGCUGCAGGAUGCGAUGGAUGCUUGAAACACCAGAGUACUCCAUAAAUCUACCCCAUUGGAUGAACGUUGUCCAGCUGUGCUACAAGUGGGAGGGAGAUGGCGACCUGACCCAGUGUGGAGGAGGGGCUCCUGCCAGCGAGUGUGUGCUGCCCAACAUGUGGAGCACCUACUACAUGGACUACACGGACGACCGUAAGGGAGGCUGCAAGAUGAGCUGGGGUCUCAAGACCGCCUUCUAACAUGCUGGAAAAAUGCGACAUAGCAUUUGAUAUUGAGCAUAUAGUAGUACUUUAAAACAGAAACAAAAUUAUCAGUUGUUAGAAAGGAAAAGUUAAAAAUAAAUUUUAAUCAACAA